UCUCUCUCUCUCUUUCUCUCUCUGAACACGUACUCAUGCACUCGUUCACUCGCUAGCUCUUGUUUUGCAGCACGCGAGUCCGUUUUCACAUUAACAUGCAGUCGUUCGGUACGAUUCAAGUCGGCGCUUUUAACGUGAACGGUUCGCAGCAGUGUUGAAGUUCUAAACGCGUAAAUCGAUACACUUUUCGGUCGAUUUGCGUGCACGGUUUAAUGUGAAUGCGACACACGUUCUGGGCACUUCCAGCAUUCGAGCGGUUCGUUGCGACACAACAUAUUUGUCACUGGAGUAAAGACGUCAUGAAUGAAUCCCGGAAAAUAUGUGGGAGGAAAAACGUUCGCAGGUUUACGCGUACAAUCGCGUAUGUACAGUUCGUCUUGAAUUUUCUGCUCGCUCUAACGAUCAUAGUCAAUUACUUCGACAACUGGAACGCGCGAGGAGACGUAAUUCAAAGUCUGCGCAAGAAAUACCGAUACGAUGACGAAUUCGAUGAACUAAACUACGAGUUGGGCGUGUUUUAUCGGAUAACCUUUUUGGUCCUCAUAAUGAUUUCCUGUGUCUAUCUGAAGAAAGCCACGUACGUACACAACUUGGCGUACAUAAAAUUCUACAUGAUUUUACAAGUUGCCGAUCUGUUGACAACAUUCCUAACUUGUGCUGUUACUUCGAUAAGGUUAGGAGGAGCUGAAAUCUUUACCAUCGCAUCGUUAGUGUUCGUUAUGAACAGUUACAUGUUGCGCAUCACCUAUAAGUUUUACAAUGAGGAAAUCAUCAUGGGAAAGUCACUUUCGAUUCAAAUCGCAUCAACAGUGAACAGUCCACCUAAUCAUGACAUCAGAUGUCGUCGAAUAUGAAGUUUUAAUAUACUCCGCAAUACCGAGAGUGAACGAGCAACUACUGUAUUUUAAUUAUUGCUAAGGUUAAUUGUUAAUUGUUAAUUGUUUAUUAUCAUUUGCAUAAUUUACAAUAAAAAUGGUUAUGCAACCAAAAGUGGUCUAAUGUAAUUAUUAUAUCUAUGUGGCCAUACGAUUGACCCUAUUAAAGUACUCUUAAAUAUUUUUA